AUGGAGAGGAAGCUCUCAGAGGCGUCGAAGCGGGCGGCCCCGUCGCCCAUCCAGCAGCUCUCCCACCUCGCGCAGCGCGUCGGCGCCGUCAACCUCGCCGAGGGGUUCCCCGACUUCCCCGCGCCUGCCCACGUCAAGGCCGCCGCCGCCGCCGCCAUCGCCGCCGACCUCAACCAGUACAGGCAUGUGCAGGGGGUCUGCGACGUGCUCGCGGCGACGAUGAAACGGGACCACGGCCUCGACGUCGACCCCCUCACGGACUUCGCCAUCUGCUGCGGGCAAUCCGAGGCCUUCGCCGCGGCAGUAUUUGCAGUUAUAGACCCAGGGGAUGAGGUUCUGCUCUUCGACCCGGCUUACGAAACGUAUCAAACAUGCAUUGAGCUGGCCCGUGGUGUUCCUGUGUAUGUGCCAUUGGAUCCACCUUCUUGGACACUGGACGCAGAUAAAUUUUUGAAGUCGUUUACUAGUCGGACAAAGGCAGUGAUCUUAAAUAGGUGA